GAGUUACACGAGUUUAGUUAGAGUUGGACUUUCAGAGUUCUACUCCCUAUUUUAUAAUGUUGUCGAGCUGUCGUCUUCCUCAUCAUCCUCAACCUAUAUCAACAAGACAACAACCAUCAAUUCCAAUUGGGAUCAAUCAAAUUAGGGUUUUGGAAAUCAAAUCAGGGCUUCUCUUCAAUCCCUGAUUUUCUCGCUCUCCUCCUCCACCACCAAUCAGAUCAUCAAUGGCGAUGUCAGAGGAGAGAGAAAAUCGCCACACCCACAAACAAUCCACAGUGUGCAUAAACGAAACCCUAAGAGACGACGAGCUGAGAUCAAUACUGGCAAAGAUAGAGUGCGACAAAGACAAAGAAGUGUUCGGCUUAGUGUGCAAGAGGUGGCUCCACCUUCAGAGCGCCGACCGGAGGAAGCUCUGCGGUCGCGCUGGGCCCCACAUGCUCCGCCGCUUGGCUUGUCGUUUCUCACAACUCCAUGAGCUUGAUCUCUCGCAGUCUCUCUCCCGUUCUUUCGGUGUCACUGAUUCUGAUCUCUCUGUUAUUGCUACUGGUUUUCCUUGUUUGCGCAUUCUCCUUUUAUGCAACUGUAAAGGUAUUACAGAUACAGGACUAGCGGCCAUAGGAAGUAAUCUUCAUUCAUUGCAAUCUCUGGAUGUAUCGCAUUGCAGAAAAGUGACAGACAAGGGAUUAUCUGCUGUAACCCUCGGCUGUAACGACCUAAGAUCCUUGCACCUUACUGGUUGCAGAUUUGUUACUGACGGUACACUCAAAUCUCUCUCCGAAAACUGUCAUAAAUUAGAAGAGUUAGUACUACAAGGGUGCACAACCAUAACCGACUCCGGACUUGCUAUACUUGUAACUGGAUGUAGACAGCUCAAGCAUUUAGAUCUGAACAAGUGCACCCAUGUUGGAGAUGCUGGCAUCUCUACCGUCUCGGAAGCCUGUGCUGGUUCCCUUAGGACGCUCAAGAUACGGGAUUGCUACAAAGUUGGAGAUGAUGCGAUAUCCAUUUUGGCUAAGGUUUGCAAGAAUAUAGAGACUCUGAUUAUUGGUGGUUGCAGGGACAUAACUGACGAGUCAAUAAAAUUAUUAGCUUUUUAUUGUCAUUACAGUCUUAAGAAUUUGCGGAUGGAUUGGUGUUUAAGCAUCACUGAUUCUUCGGUGUGUAGCAUUUUGACGAAUUGCAGAAAUUUAGAGGCGCUUGAUGUUGGGUGUUGUGAAGAGGUGAGCGAUGGUGCUUUUGGUGGAUUAGGUAGAGGGGAUGAUUAUGCAGUGAAUCUGAAGGUGUUGAAGGUCAAUAAUUGUCCAAAGAUCACGGUAUCUGGAAUAGCUGUAAUACUAGAUUCCUGCAAACUUAUGGAAUACCUUGAUGUUCGUUCAUGCCCGCAUAUUACAAAGGCUGAUCUUGAUGAGGCUGGACUUCAGUUUUCUGAAACCUGUAAGGUGAACUUUAAUGGAAGCUUAACAGAACCAAACGUGUUUCUUUGAGCAUGACGUAGAGAGCGUGUUCCUGUUGGAUGUUGGGAUGUUCUAGCUCGUGAAUUAUAAGGUAAGGGUUAUUCCAUCCUUUUCCCUUGCGAAUCUUGUUUCUAUUAUUAUUAUUUAUUCAACUGCAGAAUUCUGUGUAUAGUUUGUUGUGGAAAAUGUACAUUAGCUUAGGAAGCAUUGUUUGUUGGACAUUAUGGCAAUAAUAUUAUGACAAUGUGAUUUAAUCAUGUAAAUUAGGUUUGGACCUUGUAAAAGUUAUACAAUAGAGUAUCACUUUUCUGCCUCUGCUGCCA